AUGGCGGCCAAGCACUACUCUAUCGCAGUUUUGGGCUUGGGCUGUAUCGGGUCGGCAGCGUGUCGUCAUCUCUCAAUGUCUUCGCCGGAUCCGAGCACCAUAAUCGGUAUUGGCGAGGCCGAGAGCACUCCAGGUACUGGCUCCAAUUGUAGUUUUCCCACGGUUUUCUCGUCUCACUACGACCAGGGACGCAUCACUCGAGUUGUGGAUCCUGAUGCCGUCUGGUCUCACCUCGCGGCCAAAUCCAUUUCCAACUAUCCAGAAGUAGAGACCAAGAGCGGCAUUUCUUUUCACGGACGCGUCGGGUUUCUCAGAGUCUCUCCAUUUUACGGUGGUGCCGGGGAUAGCCUCGCAAGAUCACUUGAGGUUGGGCUCCAAAACGGUGCCGAGGCAGAGGUGGCGGACGAUGCAAGCUCUCGGUUUCCUUACUUUGGAUUUGGAGACGAGGAUGUUGCGGUGGUCGAGAACGGUGGUGCUGGCUACGUGAACCCGAGAGAGAUGGUGAGAGCUCAGCUCGCCAUCGCCAGAGAAAAUGGGAUCCGGCUCGUCCAGGAAACCGUGACGAGCAUCGAGCGACUUGGAGAGGGUGGUGGUGUGAAGAUCUCAACCAGACGAGGGACGAGUUUUCUAGCUGCCAGAGUCUUGAUUUGCACUGGAGCCUACACAAACUUUCUUCUGCCGAAAAGCUUGCAGCUCGUGGUGAAGAUCAGAGCCGUGUCAGUGGUGCUAGCGGAGAUCGAUGGCGAUGAAGUGAAGAGGCUGGAUGGAAUGCCGUGCUUCAUAUGGCGGCUCAAGUCCAACCCGGUGCUUCAUUCCGUGUAUGGAUGUCCUCCGAUCCAGUAUCCAGACGGGAGAACAUACCUCAAGAUUGGAGGCACUACUUGGCAGCCCAAGAUCGUCUCCACGGAGGAAGAGUUUCUCGAGUGGUUUCACGGCGCAGGCUGCAAAGUCGAGACGGAUGCUCUGCUCGAGGUGCUGCUGCGGGAGCUUGUUCCGGGGCUGAGAGUGAAGAGCGUGAAGACGAAGCCGUGCGUCGUCUCCUACGCGGCCCGCAACUAUCCUUACAUGGACAAGCUCUCGGACGAGGUGUUCCUCGCGGCUUUCGGCUGUGGAGCCUCGGCAAAGUCCUCUGACGAGAUUGGAAAGAUGGCGAGCUCGCUGGUGUGCAACGGCGAGUGGUCCUACGAUCAGCUCGACUCGUCGCUCUUCCGAGCAGUGUUUGCGGUCGAUGGCGAUCAUGACCAUUCUAACUAUAUUUUACGCGAAAAAAAUCGCGAGAUGGAUGCGUCGGUGGAGAUUUACCAUGCACGAAUGUGGUCAUCGCCGGGCCCCUUUAAAAAAAUCACCACUCCGUUUGGUGGCCUUCACGAGCUCGAGAGAGACAUUGCAAAGCUUUUAUCGGCGAAGUCGUGCAACAGAGAUGGUGGUAUAUGCGCAUACAUCUCGUGGAGAUAUGCUUGCUGGGAACUGGCAGGUGUCGGUUUCUCUGUGGACCGCCGACGCUCUGGGAACCGGCUAUAG